AUGGCCUCAUCGCUGGCUUCGGACAAGCCAAGCCUGCCCGCUCCUGGCGCAGCGCAAUCCGAUCCCUUCGUCGCCAGCACGCCCGCGCCCACCCACCAUCGAUAUUCCACCUUUGACCAUGACCUCUUCAUCGCCGGUCCCGCCGCCUCGCCCAGAUCCGCAAAGCGCGCCCUCGAGGCCCAUCUCGCCGAAACCGAGCGACGUCUGGAGGAGGCCGGAAAGCUGGGCACCGCGCUCGUGUCCCAGCGCAAAGCCCUCACCGAGCAGCUCCAGGAGGUCGAGAAGUUGCAAACCGAGGGAGAACUGAACCCGGAGCUCCGCAAGAAGCUCGUCGACAUUGAGAAGGAGUACAACAGCUUGGCCAGGGAGUCUGCACGGGCUUUUCUGCCUAAACAGAGGGUCCCCAGCAAUGAAGCUAAUCCGAGCUCCCCCUUUGCGCCCGAGAGCAGGGGCGGCAGACGGUCAGUCAGCCCAUCCAAGUUUGAGAGUCAAGCGACAGGGUCCCCCACCAAGCUCAGUGUUCCGAAUCGAAAGAUUCGAAACCAGCCCUCCAAUCGCGUCCACGACAUCGAGUUCGCCGCCGAAAUCAGCACCUCCCUCAUCGCCCAGGUCCGCAACUUGCAAGCGCUGCUCGCCGAGCGAGAUGAAGAGACCAAGGACCUCAAGGCCGACAAGUCCAGACUUGAAAUCGAAUGCGAAGCCUUCCAACAACGAGUCAAGACCCUUGACGAGAGUGAGAACCGAUACAAGGAGGAGAACUGGAAUCUGGAGACUAAGCUACAGGAACUGUCGGCUCAACAGAAGGAGUCCGCAGACCGCGAGAAGAAGCUUGCUCAGGCUCUCAAUGUCAUCAAGACCGAAAAGGUUACAGCACAACGCGAGCUUGACGAGGUCAAAUUGCACCACGCCAGACUCAUCGACCAACACGCCGCUGCUGUCAAGCAACACGACACUGAAAUUGGAGCUGUCAAGCGAAACAUUGCUAUGGCAGAGGGUGAACGCGCGGCCAUGCAGCGUCGGAUCGACGACUUGACCGGUCAGAACCAAGAGCUCGCCAGGGCCUUCUCUACGCAACGAAGCAGAGUCACGGAGCUGGAGCCUAACGCGCGCCCCAGUGACGAUGACUUUGAAUCCGCUGCUGACCACAUCACUCCUGAUCACUCGCCGCCUCAGUCUCCUGUCAAGGGAACCCCUCGCCAUGCUAUUCUUGAGACCGAGACAGUCAAGUCUUCACUCCACCACGCCCAGCGCACCAUCCAGAGCCAGAGGAGUCUGCUCCAUCGUGAGAAGACCGAGAAACUGGAACUCCGACGUAUCAUCCAGGACCUCCGUGACGAUCUUGAAAAGGCCAGAAACGACGCCACUGAGCACAAGCCUCAUCGACGAUCCCGAAAGCCGGAUUCCAAGGAGUUUAAGAAGCCGCCGCGCCUGCUUGGAUCUUUCCGCUCCAGUCGGCAGGAGGUUAUCGCUGACGAUGGUGAGUGGGAAGACCAGCACGAUGUCUCUCCUCGCGGCUCUCUCUCUCAUGCCUCUCCUCGCCCUUCUGUUUCUCCUAUGAGCACCAGCAGCCACACCAUCCUCCCUAGCAUCGAGUCUGCCGAUAAUGACGACCAUUUCGACACUGCCAAUGAAGCCAGCGAGUCUGCCUUUGAGACAGCCAAUGAGCGGGCCACCGAGACGGAAGAUUUCCAGACCGUCAAUGAGCAGAUGUCGGGAAGUGACGGCGAGACAGAGACGGAGGGCACAACUCGAGGCUUUGGUAAGAUGAAGAAGCCCCCGAGUUUGCCCUCCGGCCUCUCUCGACAUGCCAGUAGACACUCGUUCCACAGCACCGCAUCGACUUCGGCUGAUGAAGACGACUUCGCCUACCAUCUCCGGACGCCUACAAGCACUAUCGGAUCCCAGAAGAGCACUCGUUUCCGCAUGAACCGCAGCAUCUUCCAUCGCGCCUCGAGACAAGCGAGUCAAGAGCCGCUCUACCACCGUGCUUCCAGACAAGCUAGCGAGGAGCCUUUCUUCCACCGCAUUUCGAGACAGGCCAGCGAAGAGCCGCCAUUCCAAAGCAGCCCGGCCAGCUUUGCCAGCAGCCGUGGUGGAACACCUCAAGCCACUGGCCAGAGCCUCUUUGCUGAGCUUCAAGACUUUGACGGUAGUGACGACGAGUCGCUUGAGCCAGGUACACCCAGUCGCAGACGCGCUCGCUCUGGUACACCCGCCUCUAUGGGCCGAGGACCAUCACCGCAACCUGCAGUGCCACCGUUGCCCAAGGUCAUCAUGGUUGACAGCGGCAGCAUGACUGACCCCAUUAAUAUCUUGACCAGGUUUGAGGGGGCCGAAACCCCGCGAAUGGUCACCACCGGGGUCAUGACGGAAGAUGAAGAGUCCAUUCCCGCUUCUCCUGUUAGCGUCGUGGUAGUCCCCCGCCCUACAUCCUUGGGGUCCGUGGUCGAUCACUCCGAAGUCCGCAGUGUUAUAUCUUGGACCCAUGAGGAUCAUCUUGAGAACUCGCGCCCUGUCUCCAUGUCCUACAGCGAUGCCGGGGCGCAGCACGAUCCUGAUAUGGAGGAGAAACUGGCUCUGUUCCCUGCUCCCCCGACCAUGCUACCGCCCAUCCUACCCCCGACUUUGAGCAUGUCCUCGAUCGCCUCGGAGGAUAUCGAGCCACGAGAAGAGGUCGAGGUACCUCCUACACCACCAGCUCUGACCUUCACUCCCCUCUCGAACCAGAGCAUCGACCCCUUACCCGAACCUGAGAGCCCUCUCCCUACCCUCAGCUUCUCGUCAAUCAAGGCCGAGGAUCUCACUCCCCGGGCUGAGCCUGAAGAACCUCUCCCCGACUUGUCUCUUACAACAAUCAUCACUGAACAAGUUGAACCCAUUGCUGAGCCUGAAACACCUGUUCCAGAGCUCUCCUUCACAACCAUCAUCAAUGAGCAGGUUGAGCCCAUUGCCGAACCGGAGGCGCCUCUUCCUGACUUGUCCCUUACGGCAAUCGUGACUGAGCAUGUCGAGCCUAUUGCUGAACCCGAAAUACCCCCUCCCGAGCUCUCCCUGACAAGCAUCGUCACCGAGCAAGUUGAGCCUAUCGCGGAGCCCGAGGUUCCUCUGCCAGACUUGUCCUUGGCUACAAUCAUGGCUCAAGAGCUUGAACCUGUGGCAGAGCCAGAGGUGCCCUUGCCAGAACUCACAAUGACAACGGUUAUGUCGGAGUCGGUCGAGCCAAUCGCCGAGCCUGAGGUGCCACCUCCCGCUCUGAGCCUCUCCAUCAUCUCAACUGAGUCGGUUGAGCCAAUUGCUGAGCCUCCUGUUGAGCCAGUCAUGUUCAUCCCGCCACCCCCAGCACUCUCCAUGUCUGAGAUUGUGGGCGAGCAUGUUGAGCCCAUCGCUAGCAAGGCCCCCGAGCUCGCUAUGUCUGCCAUCCAAGGCGAGCAUAUCGAGCCUAUUGCCCAGCGAUCUCCUGAUCUUAGCAUGUCUGCGAUCAGAGGUGAACAUGUCGAGCCUGUGGCGGAACCAGAGCCGGAGCCUGUCAUUCCUGCGAUGAUUAUCCCUUCCCCACCUCCAGCUCCGGAACUGAGCUUCUCUACGAUCCAGGGAGAGCAGGUUGAGCCUGUCGCUACCAAGGCACCGGAACUUGCCAUCUCUACCAUCAAGGGAGAGUCUGUCGAGCCUAUCGCGGAACCUGUCCCUGAGCCGAUUGUCCCCCAGCUCACCGUCUCGACUAUUCGUGGCGAACAUGUCGAGCCUGUCGUGCAGCCAAUGCCCCAACUUAGCUUGUCCACCAUUUCCCGAGAACACGUCGAGCCUGUUGUCGAGCGUGCCCCUGAACUCAGCCUGUCGACCAUUUCUGGUCAGCAUGUUGAGCCCAUCGCUGAGCCUGAGCCGGCCAUCCCCGAUCUCACGAUCUCGACGAUUAAGGGCGAGCAUGUUGAGCCAGUCAUUGAACCUCUUCCCGAGCUUAGCCUGUCAACUAUCUCUGGACAGCAGGUCGAGCCUAUUGCUGAGCGUGCACCUGAACUCAGCUUGUCAUCCAUCUCAGGUGAACAUGUUGAGCCGAUCGCUGAGCCCGUUCCGGAACCGGUUGUCCCUCAGCUCAGCAUUUCCAACAUCCAGGGAGAACACGUCGAACCUGUUGCCCUUCCUGCUCCCGACCUGGCUCUGUCGUCGAUUUCUGCGGAGUCUAUCGAACCGGUCAAGGAGCUCGAGAAGGUGGUUCCUCCGCCAUCCUUGCACCUCUCGUCCAUUUAUGCCGAAAACUGCGAGCCAAGGGAGGAGCCUCAGCCAACCCCUGUCAAGCUGGGCUACUCUGAUCUAUCUACACAACAUGUCGAGCCCGUCUCUGAGCCUGCUCCAUCCCUUGGUUUGUCUGCGAUUGCUUCUGAGAACGUCCAGCCUGUUCUUGAGCCUGUCCCGACUCCUCCCACUCUUGUCAUGUCUUCCAUCGCUACCGAAGGAGUGGAGCCUAUCAGCCCGGUCGUGGAGACGCCCAAGGUACCAGUGUUUGGAUUCUCGUCGAUCGAGUCGGUUGAGACUAUUCCGGUUUCACCCCGAACCCCCAAGAGAGACGGCUUCAUCCUUCCUCGCGACAUGAACUCUCCCUUCAGGGAGAGAGAUAUGCCCGAGACACCCAAGAACAAGACUGGAUCGCCCCUUGGCCGGGAGAUGGACCAAGAUUCUCUGAUUGCUGAAGAUGAGACAAGCCAAUCUCCUGCUGACACUCCCGAGCCUGAGACACCUGAUUCUCAGCGACCCCUGAGGGAGAUCCCUGCCAACUUGAACGGUAGCCCUACACGGAAGUCUCUGGUCCCGACCAGUGACCAAGGUGCGCAGACCGCGCUGACGGCUGAGGCCAUCGAUGCCAUGUUCAAGGCUAGAGCUCAGCCCGUCUUUGGCCUUGACAAGAGCCUGUCACUCGCCAGUCCCGGUACCCCUGGAACCGCUGGCACUACGGGUACAGUCAGAAUCCGCCGAUCAAGGGAUAGCUUCGAGAGCCCCAUCCGACGGGGCUUGGAGGGUGACGAUGUCUUUGACACUAGCUCUAUCCGAAGGCCUGGUAGCGCUAGAAGUGGCAGGGCAUCCCUCCACGAUGCUCCUCCUCUGCCUGCGAACCACCGCCAAGUCAUCGAGGCCGCGCGAUCUGGCUCAUCUCAAGGUAACCAGAGCAAUAUGGGACCGCCUCUCUGGCCAGCGUCUGCCCUCAAGCAGCGACCAAGCACACCUGGUCAGAGACCUACCUCGCCCAUGUCCGCUCGCGCCACUCCUACCCCUCAUGUUGUUCGCAACGGUGGUGGAUACGGCGACCUUGGAAGACAAUCACCUGCUAAGCUCACUGAUGCAUCGCGAAAGUCUUCUCAGUCUUCGUUUGCCUCGGAGCUCGAUUCUCGAUUCAAUAUGCGCCCCGGCGAACUUGGCAUUGAUCCCAGCGGCUUCGGUCCCAAUACUGAUCCCCGCAUGAUCCAGGCUAUCACCCAGACCAUGAUCGGCGAGUAUCUCUGGAAGUACACACGCAAGACUGGCCGCGGAGGCAUGUCGGAGAACCGACAUCGCCGUUACUUCUGGGUGCACCCUUAUACCAGGACUCUGUACUGGAGCGAACGGGACCCCUCAAGUGCUGGGCGGGCAGAGUUGAAGGCCAAGAGUGUUCCUAUCGAGGCGGUGCGUGUCGUUACUGACGACAACCCCAUGCCUCCAGGACUGCACCGCAAGAGCUUGGUUAUCAUCUCGCCUGGAAGGACCAUCAAGUUCACUUGCACGACAGGCCAGCGACACGAGACCUGGUUCAACGCCCUCUCCUACCUACUUCUCCGAACCAACGACGAUGUUCAAGCUGAUACUGAGGAUAUGGCGGAGAACUUUACUCGCGAAGAUGUGGACGAGUUCAACCCUCAGUUUGGGCAACGUGCUGUGAACGGAACCCGACCAGGAGUGCCGGCUUCCUUGUCGUCUUACAACUCGCGGACGACCCGCAACGAGUCACCGGCCGUGGGUGUGUCGAUGAACAUCCCGACCUUGACACCCAAGGCACAGCCACAGCGACCUAAUGGAACGCUGAGCAAACUCAGCGGCUACUGGAAAGGCAGCCAACUCUCUGGGACGUUCUCGAGCCGGCGUGGACGAGGGGCUAGUGCGCAGAACGUGAACAUUUAUGAAGCUAGUGAGGCGCACGACAGCGCUGAGGAUGUGAGGGAGAUUAUUGAGCGGCAGGAUAGAGAAGCUGACCGCCUCGAGAACGUCCGAGCGUGCUGCGAUGGCAAGCAUGACGUUGGAACACUUCACCACCAUCACUUUUCUAAGCGAGGCCGACACGGUAACAACCACACACACUCGCACCAGGGACUAAUGGCGUCCCACACGACAAUGGCGUCUCUUCGCUCUCGAGCGUAA